AUGAAGGGUGAUAACCAACAUACCCAAAGAAAAAGGAAGUACAUUGACGCAAUUCACCAAGCAGAAGAUGAGGCUAAUAAUUCAAAACUUGAUCUUUCGCUCUCUCUUCCUUCUCCAAACCCUAUUACUCCGGUACCUGAACCAGAACCGGAACCCGUUAAGAAACUCCCUUCUAAGCAUGCGGCCUCAUCUAGGCCGCAACGUGGUCGACGUAACACGACACGGGGCGGCCGAAUCGGAACCGGAACCGAGGGUGGACGAAGGGUAGUCAAGAGUGAGACUAUCCCGAACCCAUACCCGUGGGCUACGGACCGACGGGCUACGGUUCAUACGUUGAAGUAUUUGUUAGAUAAUGGGAUACUAAUGAUUUCUGGUCUAGUGCAAUGCAAAAAGUGUGAGAAGAGUUAUAGUAUUGAGUAUGAUGUCAAAGACAAGUUUGAAGGGAUUGCUAAUUUUGUUAUGGAAGGGCUAGAGGAUUGGCACGACCGUGCACCCGAGCAAUGGACCGCGAUUAAGCUUCCUACGUGCAAGUUUUGUGGACAAGAAGAUAGUUGUAAGCCUAUACUAUCUGAGAAGAAGAAAUCAAUCAAUUGGUUGUUUUUGUUGCUAGGUCAACUUAUAGGGUGUUGUACUUUGGAUCAACUUAAAUAUUUUUGCAAGCAUACUAAUAUUCAUCGAACCGGGGCCAAAAAUCGGGUGCUUCUUUAUACAUACUUGGCAUUGUGCAAGCAACUUGAGCCUCAUGGUCUGUUCAAUUAUCCAGCCAUUCCAUAA